AAUUAAAACAAAAUUUAGGGGUGUUUAGCAAGACAACACUGUAAAUUAAAAGAAAUAAUAUUAUUAAAAUCACAAAAAUGGUUGAAUCUUUGGAAGCUGUAACCACAAAACCAUUUAAAUAUUCUUAUCAAGAUCAUGAGGGGAAAAAUCAAGAAGCUUCUUUGGAAAUAACCAUACCAUAUGAGGAUGAAUGUCUGGAGGAGCUGGUAACGCAGAUAUUAAGUCAAAUGGAUCCAAUGAUGCGUUAUUUGGAUGAAAAUAUUGGCAUCAAAAAAUCAUUGCAAGAAUUUAUUGAUUUAGAAAAUCAAGAAUUUAAGGACGAAUAUGCUGAAAACUUAUUGGAGAAGGUACGCAACAAUGAAAUUGAUGUUGAAGAAAUUAUACGUGAAACUGAAAGACACUACAAGGAUGAGCUUAUACAAUUUGCCGAUCGUAUAGGACCCACAGAUGAUGAAAUAUUUGCCCAAAGUUUUCAUCGCCUAGUGCAUUCCUCCUCUCUGGAAGAUAUAUUGAAUAAAGAACGUACAUAUGCUAAAGUCAUAGCAAAUAUGAACACACAAAUGGAUAAAGAAGUAGAAACUCUUAAUAACUCGCAACAAGAAGAAAUGGAAUCGAAAAUAAAUCAAUUAGAUAUCACUACCACAUCUGAGGAUAUUAAUAAUUUAUUGGCACAACAGUAUUCCACACAAAAUUAUGUACGUAAGCGUUAUGAAUCCGAAUUGGAGGCAAAGCGAGGUCAUCAAAAGAAUGAAUAUCGUAAUUGGAUAACUAGUCAAGUUUCUGAGUUGUUUCAAUCAUCUCCAGUGGCCACACCACUAGGUAAUCGUUCGUCUAUGUUUAUAUCACAGCAGCCUUCAAUGGAGGAAAGUUUUACCAUACAUUUGGGUUCACAAUUAAAGCAUAUGCAUAAUAUUCGCAUCUUGAGUGCGAACGUCAAUGAUUUAUGUAGUCCUCUUCAUGCGGAUGAGAGCUUAAAUGGUUUAAAUAUGGCUUUGGGUUUGUAUUCGAGUUCUCUGUGUGGCGUUGUUGUCUUGACACCAUCUAUACAAGCUCAAGUUAAUAAGGAUAUUAUUAAAAAUGCUAAUAUGUCAACGGAGUUUCAUUUUAGUCAGAUCGACGAUCAAUUGGAGAAAAUUGAAGAACAAAUACGUCAGCUUAACCUUAGCAAUAAUUCGUCCACGCCCAGUACAAAAAGUUUAAGUACCGCUAGCACUGACAUUAGUAUUGCCAGCGGUGAUGAAGGUAUUACACAUUCCAUACACAGCAGCGCCAGUAAUUCACCGGUCAAGACUAGUGCAAAACUAAAAACUGGAGAUUUUUUUAUUACCAAACAUUCCAAUCUCUCACAAUCGCAUGUUAUAUUCCACUUGAUCUCGGAUGAGCCUAUCAAUAGUCCAAGUGAAAUCAAUUCACGUCAUCCAGUUAUUUUGGGUUUGCGUAAUAUUUUAAAAACUGCCAGUAGACAUGAUGUCACAACCCUAACAAUACCGGCUCUUUUGAGACAUGAAAUGUCUGAAGAUAUGACCGUACAAUGGUGUAUGCGUAGGGCAGAAUUGGUAUUUAAAUGUGCCAAGGGAUUUAUGAUAGAAUCAGCCUCUUGGGGUGGUGCAGAAUUGAGUACUUUGCAGCUUUUAUUGCCCCAUGACAUUUCGGAAGAUUUGUUUAAUACUUUGGCUAGCAUGGUUCCAAAUGUUUUUCGUGUGGCAAAUCCUAAAAUUUUAGUCGAUAAUAGUAAAUAAAUUAAGGAUAUUAUUUUGGAAAUUAAAAUUUAUAAUUAUAUAUUUAUUAAAUGUGAUGUAAUUAAAUAUGUAUUAAAUUUAUACAUAUUUAAUUAAUAAAAUAAUAAUUU